ACCAAAAAAUAACAGACGAACUACUAGUAAUUUCGCAAUUUUAAAUUUUGACUGUGACCGUUGAUAAAACUCGGGAAAAUUAUACUCUCCCAAGAUUUUUUCUUUCUGAUCUGAAGAUGUGAGAAGCUGAAAGCCUCGAGAGCGUUCCGACAAUUUUUUCAGCCUCGGUUAACGAUGAUUUGAAGAGUUUUGGUGUUUUCUGUGUACCAUGUUUUCCUUCGAGGGAGAUUAUCGCAAGAAUCCCCGUCAGGUUCAGCGGGGUUUCGGCAGUGUGGAAGCACGGGAGCAGUUGUUGAAGCGCGCUGCUGAGGAUCGUCGACAACGCGAGGAGCUCCGACGUAAAACAGAAUGCGCCACCAAAAUCCAGGCGGUGGUGCGGCGCUUUCUGCUGCGUUCGCGAAUGCGUUCGCAGUGGCGUCAGGAAAUAGACGCGGACAAAUCGCCGCUGGACGUUCCGCGAUUACUCCACCGGAUGCGCGGCAUCAACGUCUUCGCCCCGCGCAACCGCGCCGUGCUGCCCGACCAGGAGAAGUCCGUGUUCUUCCUCAGCCAGCACGCGCUGCGCCUGGCGGAGGCGCUCGUUGCCGCCAGCCGCGCCGAUCCCGUCGCCGCGCUGACGCUGGCCAAAUUCAUCGCCGCUGUGCUGCAGCGCGCCGCACAGUUACCCGAAGCCAACAGUCCGCAUGUCGGGACGGUGCUGCGGCUGGUGGAGAUCGUGACGGAUGAGCGGAAUUUCACUGGGAAACCGCUGGAGAUGAUCUGCCGUGUCCUGAUUGAGCGGGAAUAUUUUCGACAUUGCGUGAUGAUCAUGGGGAAUCGUUUGGCGGGAACGCUGGUCAGCGCCUCCCCGCGGCCGCCCACUGAGUUCCAUGCGUCGUUGUUGCGGAUUAUGAUGCGCCCGUUAAACGUCCUGCUCAACGCGGACGGCGUUCUGGCGAAAUCGGCCGUAGCGGCGUUUUGUCAGCACGUCCUGGCCGGCCAACCCGAGCCAGUUGUGGAGGGAUUUGUGCUGCGCGCAUUGGCUGUUCCUCCGGAAAACGACGCUGCCGGGUCGGGUAAUCAGUGGGGAUUUUCACUGCCGCGGUUUAUACAAGUUUUGGCCGGGGUCGUGGAGGAACAGGGCGCUAAUCCCAACGGUCCGCAUGUUCAUCCCACGUUGUGGCUGUCCUUCGCGCUGUUGAUCGUGAUUUCCGGCUGGUCGCCGGUGUUGACCGUCCAGCGUCCGGCGGCGUUGCUGCGCGUGCUGGAGUUGGCGCUGAUGGGGAAGUUCAGCCGCGACCACCACAAGGACGAUCCCAUCCAUUUCACCGGCAGCACGGCGUCCGCCGCCGACGAGGACGAUAGCGACGAGGAGAUGGAGAUGGAGAAGCGGGAGAUGCAGCUGGAGGCCAUGUCGCCGUUGGAGAAGGCGGUGCGCCGGGAAAUUGACGAGAUUAUCGAGUUGCCCGGGUUUGUGGCGUGUAUUAUGGCCUGUCUGGCGGUGGACAAUAUGGCGUGUGUGGAGAGCGCGGCGGGCAUCUGUAUCGGGUUGCUGAUGGAGGAGACGCCGGAGCACAUGGUGAUCAGCAGUCUGUUCUUCAAGUUCUCUUUUAAUGCACCCUUCCUGCGCGCAUUAUGGAAUCUCAUUCGCCAGUACAAUCUGGCCGAUAUGCUGCGCCAUCUCGGCAAUCCCGGCCAUUUUGCCGCCUGCCGCAGCUGGGUCAAGAUGUACGCAGUAUUCUGCCGGCUACUGCUCUUAUCGCUGGGCACCGUGUACGAUGAUGAGUUCUCCCGCAGUCGGAAUAAUGAAAUUCGCGAGAUAACCGGCAAACCCGUGACCAGCUUCGAGUUCUCCGUGGACGAAGUGGUGGAGAUGGCGUCGAUGGCGCGUGACGUGGCCGCCGAGAUGGUCUUCGUGGCGUACUCCAUCGGUGGCGUGCAGUGGCAAGCGGUGGACGGGGAAUUCGCCGGUCUGAUGGCCCGGUUGUUCCUGGCCCUCGUCGGACUAAUCAAGGAGCUGCACGAUCGCGACGCCCGCCGCGCCUUCUGUCCGGAGGGCGUGUGGACCAGUCCGCGGCUCAGCGGUUUAGCGGAGAGAUGCCGCCGCGCCAACUCCAGCAAGAUGGUCGUGGAUGUCUUUCAGAAGGCCAAUCCCUUUAAACAGAUCCGCGAUGUGAUGGUGUUCCAGGGCGCGUCGUGGGAGGAGAUCCGUCUGAGUCUCGUCCUGGACCAACUCCCCUGUCUCCUGCCCUUCCAGCAGCGCCUGCACCUCCUCUACCUCCAUCUGAAAUCCUCCAAGAUGGCCGUCCGCUCCGAGCUGGACUUUCUGCGCCCGGACGCCAUGUUGACGGUCAAAGUGCACCGCGAUCGCAUCUACGAGGACGCCUUUGAAGACCUGCAUUCCAACGUGGUGACGGAUAUGCGGAAAGGGAUCCGCGUGGUGUUCCACAAUAUGGCCGGGCUGGAGGAGGCCGGCGUGGACGGCGGCGGGCUGUUUCGGGAGUUUAUGAACCAGACGCUGAAGGCCGGGUUUGACGCUAAUCGGGCCUUCUUCCGCGCCAACGAGGAGGGGGAUAUUUAUCCUAAUCCCGAUGCGGCCAUCUGUCAUCCGCGCGAAAAUAUUCGCGAUCAUUUCUUCUUCUUGGGUCGUCUGCUGGGCAAGGCCAUCUUCGAGGGUCUCCUGACCGAGCUGCAUUUCGCGGAUUUUUUCUUAAAGAAGCUUUUAUCGAAGAACAGCGGGAACGUGGACAUCCACUAUCUGAAAUCGCUGGACUCGACGCUGUUCAAGAAUCUCCUGUAUCUGAAGCAGAACGCCCAGGGCGUCGGCGAACUGCAUCUGGAUUUCACGGCGGCUGCCGGGGAACUGGGUCCGCAGCAGGUGGAGCUGAAACCCAACGGACGGAACAUCCCGGUGACGGAGGACGCCGUCACGGAGUACGUGUUUCUCAUGGCCGAUUUCAAGCUGAACAAACAGAUUCGUGUACAAACCGCGGCGUUUCGCGACGGCAUCAACGACGUGGUGCCCAUCCAGCUGCUGCAGAUCUUCAACUUCAAGGAACUGCAGACGGUCAUCUCCGGCACGGAGGAGCCCAUCGACGUCAGUGACUGGCGCAAGAACACCUACUACGCCAGUCCGUACGAUGACGAGCACCCGACCAUUCAGAGUUUCUGGCGCAUUGUCUCGUCGUUCAGUGAGCCGACCAAGCGGCGCCUGCUCAAAUUCGUCACCAGCUGCUCCCGGCCGCCGCUGCUCGGAUUUAAGGAUUUACCGCAUAAAUUCUCGAUUAAUCCGGUGAACGACAGCGAACGCCUGCCGACGGCCAGUACGUGUAUGAAUUUAUUGAAACUGCCGAAUAUUCCCGAUGAGAAGAAGCUGCGGGAGAAACUCCUCUAUGCCAUUGAGUCGGAGGCCGGUUUUGAAUUAAGCUGAUGCGGAAAAUAAUUUACGGAAUUAUUCAGCCGGAAUAUUUUUGAGAAAUAUGUGCAUAUACACUGUGUAUAGAGAUCUUUCGUGUUUUUUCUAUGCCAAUGACGUGGUCAACUGCGGACCUGUGAUGCGCUUUAAAUUGAUCAUUAUGCUCGUCUCGUUCGAAUGGAGGAAAUUAAUUUGUUAAUUGUGAAAUUAGUGAGGAUUUUUUUUGUCGGUUCUUGGUUGAAAAGCGUGGAAGUUUGUGUUGAAGAAAAAUACGUCCUGCAUGUUUCGGAAUAAAUACCGG